GUGAAAUCGACGUUAAAAAAGUAAAUUAUGAACAACAACCGUAAAAUAACACUAAAAGAAACAAAAAAAACUAAAAAAUAAAUAUAGUAUACUGCAGUAUGAAACUUAUAAAAAUACACAAUAAAAAAGUAAAAAAUACCGUCUCACAGUAUUUUCGUAAAAAAUGACAAAAGUUAGUAUACUAUCUAAAUUUCCCAAAACAAAAUUGAGUAGACUAAACUCAGGUACUUACGAUGGCCCAAACUCUACAGCGUUAGAGACCGAAGAGCCGGCCCACGUAUAAAAUGCUCAAUUCCAACCUCCACAAAAUCGUCCCCAAAAUCAGAGUUAGGGUUAGGGUUUAAGGCAUUCGUCCAAAAAAGUCAAGGGGAUUGAUUCAGUCUGUUUUUUACGAGCCAUGGCAACGGCGACCACGAACGUUACUGGAACCGUCACAGAAAAGAGAAAACCGGUCUUCAAGAAGGUGGACACCCUUAAACCAGGCACGACCGGCCACACCUUAACCGUCAAGGUGGUCAGUUCCAAGACCGUGAAGGUUGGAAGCAAGGCUACCGGACGGUCGACGGCGAUGCUCAUGGGUCGCCCUACGCAACCUUCGCGGAUCGCUGAGUGCCUCGUCGGUGACGAGACUGGGACUAUCUUAUUUACGGCUCGUAACGAACAAGUGGAUAUGAUGACGCCUGGGGCUACCAUCAACCUACGUAAUGCAAAGAUUGACAUGUUCAAGGGGACAAUGAGGCUAGCAGUUGACAAAUGGGGACGUGUUGAAGUAACUGAACCAGCUGACUUUGAAGUGAAGGAGGACAAUAAUCUUUCCUUGGUUGAAUAUGAAUUAGUUAAUGUUGAUAACUAAUAAUUUAAUGUCUAGAGUGAGAGUGAACGGUAUAUUGUGGGAGUGAAUAUUUUUUAAGAUUGCUGAAAAGAUGGAUUUGUGUUUCUUACCUUUAACGGUUAACUGGGGUUGGUUGCCAUUUUUAUAUAUGAUUUACCCAAAUUUUGUUGAAGAUGUUAUAUUUAUCAAUGCAAAAGGAAGUCUCAUCUUCACUGAUGAUUUUAUGA